AUGUUCUCCCAUUUUCACUUUCUUUCUUUCUUUCUUUCUUGCUUGCUUGCUUUCUUGCUUUCUUUCUUUUUAUUCGUUCGUUCUUUCCUUUCUUUCAUUCCUGAGCGAGUCGUCAAUGUUUACCUUUGCCUAACAUGCAUAACUCACUUCGUAUGUUAUGCAUUGUCUCUCUCUCUCUCUCUCUCUCUCUCUCUCUCUCUCUCUCUCUCUCUCUCACUCUUGCCUUUAAUCUGUCCUUUUCAACACUAUCUAUCUAUCUUAAUCUGUUCACAUCUAUCUAUCUGUCUAUCUCUCUCCCUCUCCCUCUCUCUCUAUCUAUCUAUCUUAGUCUGUUCACAUCUAUCUCUCUUAGCCUGUUCACAUCUAUCUAUCUAUCUAUCUAUCUAUCUAUUUUAUAUUAAUGCGUGUUUUUCUAUUGUUCUCUUUCUUUCUUUUUUUCUUUCUUUUUUCUUUCUUUUUUUCUUUCUUUCUUUCUUUCUAUCUUCGUACCUAUUUCUUUUUUCUUUCUUUCUUUUUUUCUUUUUUUCUUUCUUUUUUCUCUCUUUCUUUCUUUUUUCUUUCUUUCUGUCUUCAUACCUAUUUCUUUUUUCUUUCUUUUUUCUUCUUUCUUUCUUUCUUUUUUCUUUCUUUCUGUCUUCGUACCUAUUUCUUUCUUUCUUUUCUUUUUUCUCUCUUUCUUUCUUUUUUCUUUCUUUCUGUCUUUAUACCUAUUUCUUUUUUCUUUCUUUCUUCUUUCUUUCUUUUUUCUUUCUUUCUGUCUGUCUUCGUACCUAUUUCUUUCUUUCUUUUCUUUUUUCUUUCUUUUUUCUCUCUUUCUUUCUUUUUUUCUUUCUUUCUGUCUUCGCCCCUAUUUCUUUUUUCAUGCCUUUCUUUUUCUCUGUUUACUUCGCUUAUUCAUUCCAUUGUUCGACUUCUUUUUUUUUUUUAACAAUAUUCUUUCUUUUGAUCACUAGCUGA